AUGAACCUAGUCAAGUACAUAUUUGAAAAGCCCGCUCUCACCAAAUGGAUCACUCGGUGGCAGGUUCUGCUGUCGGAAUUCGACAUUGUUUAUGUAACUCAAAAGGCGAUAAAGGGUAGCGCCUCGACAGAUUACCUAGCUCAGCAACCCAUCAAUGACUACCAACCCAUGCACCCAAAAUUCUCGAACGAGGACAUCAUGACCUUGUUUGAGGAGGAGGUGGAGGAUGAGAAUAGGGACAAAUGGAUAGUGUGGUCCAACGGCACGUCCAACGCACUAGGCCAUGAAGUUGGGGCGGUUUUGCUUACCCCCGACGAUCAAUGUAUACCCUUCACAGCUAGAUUGAGCUUUGACUGCAUGAACAACAUGGUCGAGUAUGAGGCGUGCGCCCUUGGGAUUCAAGCAGCAAUUGACUUCAAGGUCAAAUUACUCAAAGUAUAUGGAGACUCAGCCUUAAUGAUCCACCAAAUGAAAGGGGAAUGGGAGACUAGGGAUCAUAAGUUGAUACCUUACCAGUCUUACAUCAAGAAACUGAUAGAGUUCUUCGAUGACAUAUCCUUCCACCACAUUCCCAGAGAGGAGAAUCAAAUGGUCGAUACGUUUGCCACUCUGGCAUCCAUGUUCCAGCUGACCCCGCAUGGGGACUUGCCGUACAUCGAAUUCAGAUGUCGCGACAAGCCCGCCCAUUGCUGCUUAAUAGAAGAGGAACAAGAUGGUAAACCAUGGUACUUCGACAUCAAGCGUUAUAUUGAAGACAAGGAAUACCCACGGAAGGCUUCCGACAACGACAAGAGGAUGUUGCGAAGGUUAGCAGCCGGUUUCUUCUUGAGUGGAGGUAUCCUGUACAAGAGAAACCAUGACAUGAUUUUGCUCCGAUGCGUGGAUGCCAAGGAGGCUGAGCAAAUGCUAAUGGAAGUUCACAAAAAGUCCUUUGGAACGCAUGCCAACGGGCAUGCCAUGGCCCGGAAGAUUCGGAGGGCAGGGUAUUAUUGGCUCACCAUGGAAAAUGAUUGUUGUAUCCAUGUGAGAAAGUGUCAAGCAUUCGCCGACAAUGUCAAUGCUCCGCCCGUGCCCUUGAACAUCUUAGCGGCACCUUGGUCAUUCUCUAUGUGGGGAAUAGAUGUGAUUAGGGCUAUUGAGCCCAAGGCUUUGAACGAACAACGCUUCAUUUUGGUUGGAAUUGACUACUUCACCAAAUGGGUUGAAGCUACUUCAUACGCCAGUGUGACAAAGAGUGUGGUUGUCAGGCCCAAUAUGAAUGGGGCAGUUGAGGCUGCCAACAAGAACAUUAAGAAGAUAGUUCAGAAAAUGACUGUGUCAUACAAGGAUUGGCACGAGAUGCUUCCUUUCGUGCUGCAUGGUUAUCAAACCUCGAUGCGCACAUCAAUUGGGGCAACUUUGUUCUCUUUAGUGUAUGGGAUGGAGGUUGUGCUGCCGUUUGAAGUAGAGGUCCCCUCUUUGAGAAUUCUGGUCGAGUCAGGGUUGGAAGAGUCAGAAUGGGCCCAAGCACUCUUUGAUCAACUGAAUCUUAUAAAAGGUAAGAGAUUGGCCACCAUGAGCCAUGGACGUUUAUAUCAAAGCCUGGUGAAGAAUGCUUUCGAUAAGAAGGUACGCCCAUGCAAGUUCAACGAAGGGGAUCUCGUCUUGAAGAAAGUAUCACAAGCUCAUAAAGACCAUAGGAGAAAAUGGGCUCCGAAUUAUGAAGGACCUUUUGUCUUAAAGAAAGCGUUUUCGGGAGGAGCAUUAGUGCUUUCCAGCAUGGACGAUGAAGAAUUACCUUCGCUUGUGAUUUCUGAUGUCGUCAAACGAUAUUAUGCUUAG